GAGACACCCUCCCCGGGAGGUCGGUGCGUCUCCCUCAUCUCCUUACAGGUCACCAUGGUGCGGACUAAAGCAGACAAUGUCCCGGGCACUUACCGGAAAGUGGUGGCUUCUCGAGCCCCCAGGAAGGUGCUGGGUCCCUCCACCUCGGCCAUGAAUUCUACGUCGCUUUCGUCCUCAAGGAAAGCUGAAAAUAAGUAUUCAGGAGGGAAUCCGGUUUGUGUACGUCCAACUCCCAAGUGGCAAAAAGGAAUUGGAGAAUUCUUCAGGCUUUCCCCAAAAGAUUCUGAAAAAGAGAAUCGAAUUCCUGAAGAGCCAGGAAGUAGUGGCUUAGGAAAAACAAAGAAAAAAGCACGCCCCCUGCAACCUGAUCACAGCGAUGAUGAAAAAGAAUAGAACCCUCUUACUCAUCUUUAAUGUCUCCUGUUUAUGUUGGUAUUCUAGGAUCUAAAUUUGUGUAGAUGUGUUUGCUCAAUUAGCUUUGUUGAAUAGGCAUUUAAUUUAAAACAUGAGGUUAAAAUUUCGUUAUUCAAAAGGAAGCAGUUAUGAUCGGAGAACUUGUAAAAAGGAUGGCUGUUAGCUAAAUACUGUAUUUAACAUAAUGCCAUGUUUCUUUUACCUGUUACUAAACUUCUUGUUCUUACUAAAACUAAAUCAUUGCAUGAUGAUUCAAUUACUAAUAUUGUGUAUUUAAUAUUUGCUUUGUACUGAUGCCAUUUUUAUUGGCAUUUGAUUUGAAAUAAUGCCAUAUUUUUAUGCCUUCUAUUUGCUUUAAAACGUAGGGUUAGACUUUCACAAUCUUUUAUCAGUGUUCAGGAAGUGGGCAGAGGUCAUGUGGACAAAAUUUGAAGAGAUAUCUUCCUUUCAGACAAAGUUAAGAACAACUUGGUCUUGAGGGUUUACACAGUUGUUAAUGAAAGGUUUUAAAACAGUCCCUGCAGGGCAUGGUGGUGCAUGCCUGUAAUCCUAGCACUUGGGACGCUGAGACAAGAGGAUCACUGUGAGUGUGAGGCUAAGUUCAAGGCCAGCCUGACCUACAUAGGGAGACCCUGUCUCAAGAUGAUGAAGACAAAAACGAACAAACAGAAACAAGCAAAACGCUGGGUAUGGUGCAAACACCUGGGUUCUCAGCACUCUGGUGACUGAAGCAGGAAGACCACUGUAAGUCUGAGGCCAGCCUAGGCCGC